AUGGGUGGCAAGUCUGGAUUGAGUGCUGGUGUUCCCCACUGCUCUGGCGUUCCCCCACUGUUCUGGUGUUCCCCCACUGUUCUGGUGUUCCCCACUGCUCAGGUGUUCCCCACUGCUCUGGCGUUCCCCCACUGUUCUGAACAGAAAGACAUCCAAGACAUCAUUCCUGAAUGGAAGGACAUUCAAGACAUCAUUCCUGAAUUGACGAACAGUAGAGACAUCACUCCUGAACAGAAAGACAUCAGUCUUGAAUGGAAGGACAUUCAAGACAUCAUUCCUGAAUGGACGAACAACAUCCUGGACAUCACUCCUGAACAGAAAGACAUCCAAGACAUCACUCCUGAACAGAAAGACAGCCAAGACAUCACUCCUGAACAGAAAGACAGCCAAGACAUCACUCCUGAACAGAAAGACAGCCAAGACAUCACUCCUGAACAGAAAGACAUCCAAGACAUCACUCCUGAAAGGAAGGACAGCCAAGACAUCACUCCUGAACAGAAAAACAUCCAAGACAUCACUCCUGAACAGAAAGACAUCCAAGACAUCACUCCUGAACAGAAAGACAGCCAAGACAUCACUCCUGAACAGAAAGACAAAAGGAAGGACAUCCAAGACAUCACUCCUGAACAGAAGGACAGCCAAGACAUCACUCCUGAACAGAAAGACAGCCAAGACAUCACUCCUGAACAGAAAGACAGCCAAGACAUCACUCCUGAACAGAAAGACAUCCAAGACAUCACUCCUGAACAGAAGCACAGCCUAGACAUCACUCCUGAACAGAAAGACAGCCAAGACAUCACUCCUGAACAGAAAGACAGCCAAGACAUCAUCCCUGAAAGGAAGCACAGCCAAGACAUCAUUCCUGAACAGAAGACAUCCAAGACAUCAUUCCUGAAAGGAAGGACAGCCAAGACAUCACUCCUGAACAGAAAGUCAUCCAAGACAUCAUUCCUGAACAGAAAGACAUCCAAGACAUCAUUCCUGAAAGGAAGCACAGCCUAG